AUGAACUCGUCGGAAUGCGCUCAUAUGCGCCUGGGAGAGGAAUACACCGGAUAUUCCCUAUCUGAUGAACAACGUCCCACUGUGUUUGNCUCUGCAUCCAUGAAGACACAGAUGAACACCGACCUAGCAUGUUCUACGGCAAGGAGUAUGCUCGGUGUCAUCCGUCGGUCGUUUGACGGCUUGUCGUUCACAGCCUUUAAAAAGCUGUUUGCCUCCCACGUUCGCCCCCGGCUUGAAUACGGUGGACCCACUGUAUACCUCUGCACGCUUUCCGAAAUGGCCAACUUGGAACGGGUACAGCGCUACGCCACCCGCCUAGUCGCGGGACUUCACGGGAUCAACUAUGAAGGUCGGCUCCGGGCACUCGAACCCUACCCCGUUAGCUACAGGAGACUCCGCGGGGAUUUGAUCUAUCUGUGGAAGAUUCUACGUGGCGAUCUGGGACCGGAGUUAUGUGCUGUUUCCAUUGCGAGAUUGCAACCGGACGCGCAGCCACAGGCUCACCUUCCGGAAGCUUGA